UUUGUCUCAGUAUCCAGCCCAGAAUCCCACCCUUUUGUCGGCGUUUAUUUUGUUCACACACAAAAAAAACCAACAACCUCGACAAUGUCGGGUUCCUCAAAUCUUGUAGCCAUGAAAAAAGUCGUUCAGCAGCUCCGUUUCGAGGCGAGCAUAAACAGAGUGAAGGUCUCCCAGGCAGCGGCAGACCUUCAACAGUUUUGCAUUCAGAAUGCUGUACAGGACCCUCUGCUCACCGGUGUGUCCUCCAGCACCAACCCCUUCAGGCCUCAGAAGGUCUGCUCCUUCUUGUGAAACCACUGUUAUUCAUUGGCCUUCAUUUUGAUGCUACAGGGAAAAGUUGACCUCAACACUGCUCCUCAUGCCAAGCCAUUAUACUGCCACGGGAUCUCUUGAGUGUAGAACACAAUGUCAGGAAGAUGACCAUCUAUUUUCAGCCACAGUAGAAGAAAGGAGACAGUUUUAUUUUUCAUGGCACUGUGAUUUUUGAGUAAAUUAUUGUGCCUUUUCUAUUGUUCUAUUUUAGUCAUCACUGUUCUGGACUUUUUGUAUUUAAUGAAUAAAAAACAUUCUUUCCUACUCCAAGGUUUUAUCGA